CAAGAUACCUAACAGGUUUAGAUAGAUCAUUGUCUACCUACCUACCUUAACCUUUGUUAGAAUAUGAAUUUUAUGCUAUACGACAAUCGGCAGCCAAUCGCAUUUCUUAGUAGCGCUAGAAGUUGCAACUUCUUUGAAAUCUAAGCGUUGAACCUUAAACAUAGUGCUCAAUUUCCAGAAUUUGUACCCUCGCUCCAACACUUCGCGCUCAUAUAUUUUACAAGACUAUUUAUACUGCAACAUAGAGGGGAUCUCUAUACCAGUACAUAAAUCCACACACCUUCAGCUAUGCAGCUUGUUGGGUCAAAGGCGUCGCAACGCCUAGAUGAUAUAGGUGAGGGAAGCGUCACUCUGCUUCCCGUGGACCCGGAAGACAUGUGGCACGCAAAUAACCUAAUAGGACCCGAAGACAUCGUCAAAGCGCAUGCGAUCCGAAAAGUGACGACAGAAACAAAGACUGGCAGCACCAUCUCAGAAAGGGUACAUACCGACCUUACGAUACGAGUCACUUCGACCUUCUUCGACCCGGGCGCGUCCCAAUUACACGUCUCGGGCACAGUCAUCGUCGAGAACAACUUUGCCAGUCUCGGACAGUACCACACACUCGACCUCGAGCUGAACCGGCCGUUUACAUUAUGGAAGAACUACGGUUGGGACUCGGUAGCAAAAGAAACCCUAGCAGACGCGCUCAAGCAGGAUAAAGAGGGCGCCGUAGCGGCUGUAGUGAUGCAGGAGGGUAUCGCGAACAUCUGUCUCAUCACCGAAUACCGUACUAUACUCAAACAAAGGGUAGAGAGCACAAUACCUAAGAAGAGGUCAAGCAGUUCAGAACAGGACUCGGGGAUGAAGCGGUUCUUUGAAAAGACCUUGAGCACUUUAAUGCGCAGCAUAGACUUCUCGGUUCCUCGACCAUUACUGCUUGCUAGUCCCGGAUUCGUCGCGGGGGAUUUCAAAAAGUACGUGUCGGACGAGGGUGCACGUAGGGGUGACAAAGCUAUGAUGGCUAUGGCUAGAGGAGCGACAGUGGUGCAUUCGAGUUCGGGGCAUCUGCACAGCUUAAACGAAAUACUGAAAAGUUCCGAAGUCAUGGCAACUAUGAAGGACAUGAAGUUCUCCAAGGAGACUAGAUUUAUGGACGAUUUCUUCGACAAGUUGCGAAAAGACGACGGUCGAGCCUGGUACGGCACGGGCCCGGUGGAGAAGGCCGUCCGAGAAGGUGCCGUUGGUAGAGGUGGAGGCGUCUUGCUGAUCAACAAUUCACUAUUUCGAAGUAUGGAUAUCGCGACAAGAAAGAGAUACGUAGCUAUGGUCGACAAGGUAAAAGAGGACGGGGGAGAGGCAAGAAUUCUCAGCAGUGAUCACGAGAGUGGGCAACGGUUAGAUGCUCUAGGAGGCAUAGCUGCUAUACUUACAUAUCCCAUGCUAGAUCUGGACGAAGAGGAUGAGACAGGUGCCGAUGGGAAUGCUGAGACGGAGGGGGGCAUGAUAAUAUGAAUUUUUAAUAUAUCCCCUGCUGUAUUGGCGGUGUUACUAUGCAAGUGGGUGGCAGUGCUAUACGGAAAUCAGAUAUUAGGCGCGUUUGGUUGGAGACAAUGACAUAUGAUGACGCACAUAAGGGCUAUGAAAAAGAUGGUUCAUAGGAGGUACCUAUUAGAAGGGGACCUAAUUGGAGUACAAAGAAAAGUGAGCUUUACGUCAUUAUGCGCCGUUUGUCCUCAGUUCUAAACGUUCUUCUCAUUGCUGAUACAUGGGUAAUA